AUGCCCAACUAUGUGAAGUUUUUAAAGGACAUAUUGACGAAGAAGAAGAGACUUGCAGAAUUUGAAACAGUGGCUUUGACAGAAGGUUGUAGCGCAAUGUUAAAGAAUAAGAUUCCACCUAAAUUGAAAGAUUCAGGUAGCUUCACAAUUCCAAUUUCUAUUGGGGGUCGAAAUGUUGGUAAAACUCUUUGUGAUUUGGGAGUUAGUAUUAAUUUGACACCCUUGUCCAUUUUUAAAAAGUUGGGAAUUGGAGAGGCAAGACCAACUACACUCACAUUGCAAUUAGCUGACCAUUCUAUGGUGCAUUCGGAGGGAAAGAUUGAAGAUGCUCUAGUACAAGUUGACAAGUCCAUUUUUCCAGCAUAUUUUAUUAUUCUUGACUAUGAGGAAGAUGGAGACGUUCCAAUCAUCUUGGGGAGACCAUUCAUUGCCACCAGGAGGACUUUGAUAGAUGUUGAAAAAUGA